AUGAGCACCUUCACGGCGACAGAACCGAUCUGUCCUUCCAUGCAUUCGCCUUCACGCGGGAAAAGGCAGCGAGAGAGGCGCAGCAGCUGUUCUUCCUCAUCGAACUCACAAGAUGACCGUCGACAAGAUACGAGCUUGAUGGCGCAGAACGACGUUGCACACAGCAGACAACGAACAAGCAGACGCAGAAGCGAUAAGAGAGAUCCACCGUGUCACGUCUCGCUUCCCUAUCGCCCUUCGCCGACUGCGGAAGCGGUCCCUCAUCUGACAGAGCCAACCAUCGUGGACAGUCAUCUUCGCAAGGUCCACACGGAGGGAGAGGGCGGUAGCGCCUGUCCGCGGUGGUCGCCGAAGCAUCCUCCAGAAGCGGUGCCCUCUUCGCCUUCUUCGUCUCCCUCGGCUUCAAAAAACGUGCGGCCUUCGCCAUCUUUACCAGCUCCGCCCUCCACCUCCACUGCGGCGAGGGGGGCGGCGACGGAGGGCAUUGCGGAGUCGCUAGUCCGGCUCCUGCGGCUGUACCUCACACCUCCAACAACACCAGCGCAGCCGUCAGCAGGCGAGGCGAACAGGGGCGAGUACCACCACCACGACUAUGACAGCAAUGGCGGUUGGGCCGACGAGGAGAGAGCCAGCGCGGGUUCUCGUCGCGGCGGCAGUGCCCACAGCGCCCCUCCGUUAACUCCGCUGUUGAUCACGGGGGCUUCUGAAAGCGCACGGCAGCAGUGGCGUCGUCUGCUGCCCUCUCAGUGGGUGUCCCCGGAAGCCGCACCGACGACCGCAGCAUCCCAAGGCCCGUCUGCAGGAGCAUACGCAGACUCCGCACGAAGCCCUGCUGACUCGACGUGCGGCUGUCAUGAGGAGCGGCAAAGACAGCUGUGGUUUCUCCUUACCCGCUACCCGCGGGACGCCAGCACGUGUCUGUCCUUGAGCCUCAGUCUCUGCCACAUUCUGGAAGUGAUGCGGGCGUCGCCGCCACCCCCGUUGUCCUCCUCUGACUUCCAGAAAUACAUUGGAACAUCAGCGAACACCGCCGUGAGCCGUGCGCAGGCUGGGAUUGUAAGUCCCGUAGCGACGUGUCUCUGUGGUUGCUUGGUGCGUGGCCGCUACCUCGAUCCAGCACUCUACCGCUUCCACCUCGACUACUACCUCUUCCACCAGCCGUUGGAUGGAAGGGGCGGCCACGUUGACGUCGCACCGCGCGGGAUGGAUGUUGCGCACGCGGGGGAGAGUUGCCGGUGUGCGGGGGUCGUGGGUGGUGGUGAUCAUCGCGGAGGACAUGGCCAGGCGACGCCGACCGCGACAAGCCCAUCGGCGAGUAUUCAAAAUCGUCCUCCACCUCCUUCCCUUGACACGCAGCGGCACCCGCACGUUGCUUGUCCGCUACUACCCCGACAACUAUCCACCUCCCCACAGACGUCACACACACCGUCGUUGACGUCGCUUCGGAUGUCUCUGCAGGUCGAGUUAAUGCCGCUGCUGGCGAUCCAAACGUUGGCUUCCUUUGUGUGGCGCAGCAGCGAGCAUGAGUGCAGCUUCCGGCUACGCCAACGCGCCCGUGCCGCACAACGCGCAUCCGACGGCAGGGAGAGAGAGAGUAAACCGCACAAGAGGGAGCACGAGGCGAGGGGGACGCACACACACGACGGCGAGCGUCGCAGCUCCGACCUCUUUUCGAAUUGCACGACGUCAUCGUGCUGCUCCAUCUCGCCUGCACGCUACACAGCCGCAGCGGGCGCCAUCACCGCUUUCGAGAAGGCCUAUCGAUCCUUCUGCGAUGAGAAGAACCGCGUGUGGGCUGUGAUGGCGUCCGUGCGACUUGCGUGGAGUCACCUGCAGCAGCGACGCUCUGUUGUUCUCUUCAUACCUCAUCUGGAGGUGUUGGGUGCCGCGCAGCGAGAUGGACAACAGAAGCACACGCAACCGGAACCGCCACGGUUGUCCACGUGUUCCUGCGUGUCGGAGUUGGCACGCGCAGCUGCAGCCGUGGAGAUGACGCCGGAAGCGCUCGCAGACGAACUAAAGCGGUGCAUGGCGACGCCGGGUGGUGCAACGCCGUCCUGCGCGUACAUCGACGCUUUCCACCGUCUGCGUGUUGGUCUGCUGGCGCAGGUGGUAGACCGCUGUCCGGUGCCCUCGCACUACGCACGCGCGCCAGUGGAAGAGGCGGCAACCUCCCCCUCUAUGGCGUCUGGAAAUGCUACGCAGGAGCUGCUGCGCAUGGAGUCCUAUGUGUUGAUGGAGCUGGAGGGACGCACCGCACAGAUGCCGCUGUGGUGUGAGGUUGCGCUGGACGUGUUGCUGCUGUUCUCCGAGAGCCGUCGACGUGAUCGCGCGCUGCGCCGGUGCACGCUGGACAGCAUCGACGACUCUGUUGUGCAGUGCGAGACGAGGUGGGAUCGGAUGUGCUGUUGCGGUGUGCGCCGGCUGGUGCGGCUGCUUCUGCGUUUGCUGCUGCUGCCUACGCUGCGCGCCGGCGCGAAAGCCCAGCGGAGCGAUGGGACCGCCCUUCGCCAAUCGAAGAGCGGCCGAUCGGUUUCUUCGCCGCGGCCGCCGUCAUCAGCAGCAGCAACGGGGAAUCACAGAAGUGGCGAAAGGUGUACCGCGUGUGUCUCGGACGAACGCCCUUCGAUGCAUCGGUCCACUGCCACGGCAGACGGCGUGCUUUUGUCGGGCGAGGUCGCCCUCACUGAUGCGUUGACGGCGCUGUCGCAGCACAUGCUGCACCAUCCACUCUUUGGUGUUGCGGCCGCGGUGGUGAGUGGGGCGGUGCCGCUGAGUUGGGCAGCGACGUGUGUCACCGGCUCAUCGUCCCUUCUUUCUUUCCCUAGCGGGUGUACGCCGAAGGGCAGUGCUUCUACCUCGCGAGACGCGCUGGUGUGGAGGGAGCUGGCGCGGCUAGCAGAAGACAUUCCGCGGUGGUUGGCGGCGGCACAGGAGCAGGUGUAG